AUCUGAUCGUAUUCAAUCUACUAUUUUAAACAGGGAUACAUAUGUAUAUAUUUUUAAUGUAAUGAAUUUAAUACAAUAUACUUAUGUUAUAGAUGUAAGAUUUAUAUAUCCUAAAACGUAUGCGUAUAAAUGGUAUGCAUACAUGUUUCAUACAUUAUUAAUGUAAGAUAGAGCCCGCUUAAUGUCUUUUCGUUAAAAGAAAAAAGUGUACCGCGGCGCAUAAAGGAACGCGGCAUAAUGUAUCGGGCUGGAAAUCUGGAAGUGGACACGGUGCGACUGUAUGCGAGUCACAGAGAGGCCUUCUGACCCAAAUUGAUCGAGAUGUAAUGGACAGCGUGAGAGGGACGACGACAGAUCCCGCAGUUAUCGUUAUUAAUGGCAGCCGCGUUAAAAUCGAGGAUGCGAACGGCGUGUUUUAUGCUAAGCACCCGAUCGUCAGCCAAAUCACGAAACGCGGCGCCUAUUAAGCCGCCCGGCGGCCGGUGUUCGCCGAUGUUUGUUCGCCGGGCGGAACAAUGGCCGGCGGGAUCCGGUUUCGCGGAGGUGUGCGCUUUAAAAGCGCUUUAAAAACCCACCCACGGCUACGCGCCGGCCAUCAGUCGCACCCUUGCUGUUCCAGCCAUAUCUAUCGGUGGCUGCUCCUCGUCGGCGCGAUGUCCUCCGGGAAGCUCGCGGGCGGAUUCGAGUCUCCGGAUGCGGUCCUCGUCAACUUCCAUCGCAGAUACAACGUCUCGAGGGUGGCGAUACUUCAGGACAACGGUUAUUUACCUCCGACUCCGAUUCCGGAUUUCCCGCUGCCGGAAGUGAUCGAUAACAGAGCGCGGAACGUGGCGGUCGCGGUGAUGGACGAGACCGGAUACCAUCCCGGCGCGUUGCACCGCCUGCCCGAGCGGGAUUCCGCGCGAGUCCCCGCGCGCAAGGGACCGCACGACGCGAGGUAUCCGGGGAGCGUCGGGCUGCAAAUACCUCAGCAUCAUCGUCGACCCACUUUCCCGCUAGGCAAACAUCCUCAACGGACUACAACGCAGCCUCCUCCUCCUUCCCCUCCGCCUCCUUUCAGUGAAACACCACCAUUGUCCUUAGCAAACCGCGUCAGUGUGGAGGAGAUGUCCUGUCAGAACACGGGAAACGAAUUGUUCUUCAGAGCAUCCGUCAAAGCGCCGAGCAGCUCGGGCCCGCCGGUGAUAGACAACGCGACGGGCGAAGACGCGUGCCGGGCGACAGCGGCCGGGGACUCUUACCGCGUUAGUUUUGAGCGGGACCAGGUCUGGGAUUGCGGGGUCGUCGAUUGUUCAGCGGACGGCAACCAAUCGUACUGCCUCGACCUGAGAUUCCCCGUGAUCCCCGGUCUACGACUGCGGGAGGACCGCAGGGUGACGUUGCGAUGUAAGACCCAGGACAGGGUCGCGUAUCACACGCGGCGGAUCAGCGUGAAAACUUUGGAAGCGAAAGCGAGGAGCGUACCGGGCGUGCUAAACGGCGGCGCCGAGAACGCCCUGAAUGUGGACGUGGGGCUGUUCAGGAAGACUUACGGCUCGAGAAACAUUUUCGACACGAGGAUACAAUCGGGCGGCACGGUCGUCCUCGGCGAGGAGAUUCUGCUGCGCGUGUUAGUCAACGGCGACGACAGCUGGCGACACUCGAAGAUCGGCCAAGUGACGAUGCACUACGUGGAGGAGCGCCAGCGGCAGAAAAUCGUUAACAGUCUGUGGAUCCUCGACAAAGACGGCUGCUUGAAUCCGGACGUGCACGAGAUUUGUCCUCGGGAGCAAUACGCUGUCUCACCGUUGGAGAAUUACCUGAUCUUCCAGGCGUUCAUGUUCGAGGGCAUGAAGGAAACCGACGAGAUCUUCCUCACCGUGAAGACCACGGCGUGUCUCGAGUCCGUGGAUUGUGUUCUGGAUUGUCCUGCCGGUCACGUUAGACGCGCCAGAAGCGUCCCGGAUCGAAACAACACCGUCGAGUGGCAGGAUGACAUAGUCCUGCGAGUGGUUCUUCCAAAAUACGAGUCACGCGCCUCGCAGAACCAUUAUUUAGCGAUCCUGAUCUCGGCGGUCGCGUUACUCGUGCUAAUCGCGUCGCUGUGGAUCGCCAGGACCCUGCUUUGCCAGAGAACAGCGAAAUCGCGAAUAAUGUUAAACGCUUAAUCUACUUGUCAGCGUCUCCUACGAU